AUGGGGUUUCAACCAUGGCGCGCCCUCCCAGGCAAGGGUGUCAUGCUCUUGCUCAACGUUGUUAGCGCGGUCGCCCUGAUUUACGAGGGAUACAAUCAAGGGGUUUACGGUAGUGUGUCUGGAACGCCAGGCUUUAUCGCCAUGUCCAGAAUCGGUUACGACAGCAUCGUUACCGAAACCACCAAGCAAGGUGGCCUUGCUGCAGCGUAUUAUUUCGGAGCAAUAUUUGGAGCCUUCAUUGGUGGAUGGCUUGGUGAUAAGCUUGGAAGGAAGAAGGCCGCAUUCAUUGGUACCCUGCUCUCCCUUCUCGGAUCUGCCCUUCAGUGCGGGUCAAUCAACGCAGACAUGUUCAUCUGCGCUCGAGUCAUCUCUGGGCUUGGAAUUGGCUUUAUCAAUAAUAUCAUUCUUUCCUGGGUAUCGGAAUUGUCUCAAGCUCACGACCGUGGAUCCACGUUCUCUCUGGUUUUCGUCUCGAACUUUUUGGGCAUCUUUCUCGCGAACUGGAUCAAUUUUGGUAUUCGAGAUAGCGAGGUCGGCUUUAGGUGGCGAUUUCCUCUAGGUUUCAUGUGCAUACCUAUGCUCAUUGUUGCAGUUGCCAUCCCCUUCGUUCCAGAAUCUCCUAGAUGGCUCAUGGCACAUCACCGAAAGUCGGAAGCAAUUGAUAUCUUGUGCAAGAUCCGUGGUGAUAAGGACGUCUCGGACCCAGCUAUCAUCAAAGAGAUGGAAUUGAUUGACGCGGUCGUCGAGGCAUCUUAUCACAAGCGAAACAACUAUAUCAACAUUGCUCUGGGAGGUCGUUACUCUGGAAAGCUUCACCUUGGUCGCCGUGCUGUCCUUGGAUUCGCCCUUCAGCAAAUUCAGCAGUGGACGGGAAUUCUCGUCAUGGUCUCUUGGGCUACCAAGCUCUUUGAACUUGGAGGCUUUGACGCCUAUAAGGCUUCUUGGAUGUCUGGUCUUCUAAACACUUUCGGUGUCAUUGGUACUGCCGCAGCUGCACCUGUUAUUGACCGCAUCGGUCGUAGGAUGAGCCUCCAGGUCUCCUUUAUGAUUCAGGGAGUAUCGCUGUUUCUCGUUGCGGCACUCAUCAAAACAUCCCAGGAUCGUGCCACGUCUAAUGCUUCGGAGUCUCAAGCUCUUGGCACAGCUGGGUCUGCAUUCACCUUCACGUUCGUCUUCUUCUUCACCAUGUUCAAUAUUGUGCCAUGCUGGAUUUACGGUACUGAGAUCUGGCCACAAGAAGUCCGCGCUAAGGGUUACUCAUUCACCAUCCUGGGUUGGGCGAUCGGCUGUGGCGUGACAACGUUUGUCAUUCCCAUUAUGCUAUCUAAUAUCGGAUGGUGGUCUUUCAUCUUCUUCGGCUGCAUGAACUUUACGGUGAUGCCAAUCAUCCACUUUUUCUACCCUGAGACUGCUGGCCGCUCACUCGAAGAAGUCGACCUACUCUUCACCAGUGACAGUAUGCUGGUCAGCAAGAAUAUGGCUGAGUAUCACCGUCGUAUUGCUGAGGCCGGUGGUAACGUGGCGGUCGCUGCCAGAAGGCUUCUUGAUGAAGUUGAUGGAGAGACCAAUCUGGAUCCGAGACGAAUUUCACUUGCUGGGGCCGAAAACGGUCACGCAGGGACUAAAGCUGAGACAGAGUCGAUCGAAGUGGCAACUGAGAAGACAUCGUUUUAA